GCUAAUAACGCCUAGUAGAAACAUGUCUUUGUACAUGACAACCGAAAAUAACGAUAACACAGGAGAGAGAGAGAUGGAUGGAAAGCACUCGAAUGAUUUGCAAAACAAGCACGAUGAUUUGAGGGAUUUUGUUGCUAACGAAUGCAAAGAACAAAUAAGAGACGGCAGUGAUUCAGAAAAUGGCCUUGAUGCUGAGAGAAUGAACCAGUUUUACCAACGUGCUAUAGCAGAGAGUGAAAGAAUGAACAGUGAAGUAAACAAAAGCCACAUCCAGAGGCAGAAGCUUUAUGACGAGCUAGGUUCUGCCAUGUUUGCAAAGUGGUCGGAGGACCAUGCUGCAGAAGUACUAACUGAUGAACAAUACCAUUUAUGGAGCAACGAAGAGAAGCAGAGCAAAGAGCUGUUGCAGCAGAUCAAAGGAGUGGCUCUGAGUGAGGAUGGCACAGGUAGUGAUGAUGCUUCGCAGUGAUGUUGGAGCUAUUUUGAGAAUUAUGCAAUAAUAGUGGAUUCAAGAAGAGCUAGGGAAAAGAGUGCUUUCAAUUUUUUUCGUGCGAUAUAUCAUAUGUAUGCAUCAUAAUUUAUUUUAUAUUGUAUAAUGUGAUAUACAAGAGCUAGGGAAAAUAUUGCUUUUAUUUUGUUCUUAUGAUAUCUCAUUUGUUUGUAUUCUAUUUUUAUUUUAUAUUGUGUCAUGUGAUAUACAAGAGAGGGAAAAUAUUGCUCUUAUUUUGUUCUUAUGAUAUCUCAUAUGUAUGUAUUAUAUGUCAUUUUAUCAUGUGAUAUACCAAAAAAAGUAAUGAUUGUGCUGAUACCAAAAACUAGAAGUUGACUUAAUAUACAGUAGCAACAAAAUCAUAAUAUGCUACAUGGAAGGGAACAUUUUGUUAUAUAUUACAUGAUUUGCCUAUUUCACAUUGUUAUGAGCUAAUAUACAGGAUCUGCCAUUGUGUAACUGCUUUUCAGACUUUUCAAAACAGUCAGUGGUGAGAGAAAAGGAUUUACAGGAGGUGGUUAUGCCCAAAAUGUGAUCAAUGGGCUCCCUCCAAAGAAAUCAUGCCUUGAAUUAUUUAAACUAUUUUAGCAAUCCAGAAGCUAUGAAAUCCAGAAACAAAUUUUCCCCCAUAUUUCCCAUGAAUUUUUUUCUGCCACUGCCUCUGGUGAGGUGAGAAAAUUUCACUAGCAAAGUUGGGUAUUAAGGCUUGACAAUCAAUUGCAGUGUGUAUAGAAAUAAAUAUAAAAGAAACCUUUUUAGCAAGUCUAAAAACAAAAAUAAUUUUAUUAUUCGCCAUUUAUAAAGUUCAGGUGCCAGAGUGCUCUCUGGUGAAACAAUGACUUAAAACAAGUUCUGACACAUCAUGUAUUAUGCCUAAAUUUUUUCCGUUCUGCAGUGUGACAUGAUGAACCCUAAGCACCCUGAAACAUUAAUUCUUAGGAAGAGAGAGAACACUGGUUUUCCCUACAGAAAUGACACUCUACUAUAUAGCAGAACUCCUCUCUUCUGAUAAGACACUACAUUAUAAAGGCCAGUCUCCUUAAAAGAAGGCUCAAUGCGGGGGGGGGGGGGGUACUUCCUAAAUCCAUUGGAUGGGGAUCAUCGUUGUAUCUUCUAGGGUGUAAAUUUGGAACCUUGGGUAUCUUUUAGGGGUGAAAAUGAGAAUGCCCAGAUUUUUUUUACCUCAGUAUCUUUUAGGGUGCUAUUAUAGCCUUCCCUUGUCUAACUUGUAGCUUAUGAAAGAGCCUUGAAAUGACUGUGUCAUUCGGUGUUUUUAGAUCACUAGAGUCAGUUUUAAUUAAACGUUUGUAUUACAAA